GGAGGAAAGGGUUUGUCCACAAAUUUUACUAUUGUCCGCCUUAUUUGUGUUUUGGAAUAACAUCACAGAAAAAGCGAAAGCGAUAUCUGAGUGAUUCGUGCUUUGAGACACAGUCAAGUCUUUCAAGUGGAAGAGAACACCUUGCGGGAGAGGAGAUAAUCAGAUGGUGGUGUGCAACUGAGCUCAUCUUGUCUCCUUUCCCAUCGGUGCAAUAAUGGUGAGGGGUGACAUUUUUGAUGAAUAAGUGAGAAGAAAAACCUCUGUGGUCCUCUUGCUGCACCACACACUUCCCCAUGGAUUCAAGCAAUGAUGAGGCACUUGAUAUUAUUAUCACCAAUGUGGUGGCAACCUUUCGGACCCGGUGUCACCUCAACCUCCGCACCAUCGCCUUAGAAGGAACAAAUGUCAUCUAUAAGCCAGAAGUAGGGAAAGUCCUGAUGAAACUUCGUAAGCCUAUGAUAACUGCUUCAAUCUGGUCUUCAGGGAAAAUCAUCUGCACUGGAGCAACAAGUGAGGAUGAGGCGAAGCUCGGUGCUCGCAGGUUAGCACGCUGUCUGCAGAAACUAGGCUUCAAGGUGAGGUUUUCAGCCUUCAAAGUUGUGAAUGUGCUGGCAGUGUGCUCCAUGCCAUUUGCAGUCCAUCUUAUAGACUUCACGAAGAAUAACCGACCCAUUGCCAGUUAUGAACCUGAGCUCCACCCAGCUGCUACGUACAGGAUCAAAAAUCUAAAGGCGACUAUACAAGUGUUCUCAACUGGCAGCCUCACAGUUACAGGACCAAAUGUCCAGAACGUGGCCACAGCAGUGGAGCAAGUCUACCCGCUACUGUUUGAGUGUCAGAAACCCCUCUGCAAAUGAAACGAUACAAGACGAAGGACUCGAGCAAUUGAGUACUCAAAACGGAUGAAGAAGCACCUUAUCCUUGGAAUUGCUUGCUUUGGUUUCAUCACUAUGUGGCAACAGCUACAAGCAUCUGAACUCAUUCAUAGGCUGGGCUUGGGAUAUCACACUUGUAACGUCCUAAAAUGUCCUCGUUAUUUUUUACAAAAUUUUAACGUUGUUGUGGAGUUGUUGGGAUCUUGUGAUUUUAACAGCCUAAACCUGCAAAUGUCUUCCAAACUUAAUAUCCUUCAGCAGACACUCAUCCUCCUCACCUGACAGUGAAGAGGCAGGAAAUUAUUUGCUCUAGCUUAUUUGCUUUUGGAUGUCUCUGCAUGGACACUUAAAGACCAUUUUAAAACUAUUUAAGAUUUAGCGGUAACCACUGCUAAUAUGUAUGUUAAGACCAACACGCCUCAACUCUAAAACUAUACAUAUAUCUAUAAAUAUAUAUAUAUGAAGUCGUCCCAUUUUCCACUUCCUUUGGAAAAACCGCCGUCCAAGGUUUGUAAAAGUCUUGCACAGGUACUCUGUAUUACCCGUGUUAUUGCUAAAGGAGAAAAACAGCAGACAGAGAAGUGGAAUAUUAUGAGUGUACACAAUGUAAGAGCAGGCCGAUAUGCAGAAACACAUCCACUUACAACUUAAACACACCUCAGAUUUACUUCCUUUUGUUCACAAUAAGGCACAUUUCAUUUCUUGUUUCUUAAUAGUUUUAAGAACAUUUUGCAAAUAUGCUUGAUGUAUUUUAAUGUUUUGACAUGUUGAACAAUUCUCAAAGGUUAAGAAUAUUUUCAGUUUUCAAGUGACGAGUUAAGCUGUUCAUUGAACACAGCUACUUGUUAGACAAUAUUGAGGAGAUUUUUAUUAGCAGAGGAUUAAGCAAUCGUUAAAACACUGUCCACAAUUGCCAGUAUACACACAAACAAAGUAGCAAAAACAUAACAUGAAAAAGUAACUGACUCAUAAUUACAAAAGCAGCCACUCUGUGGAGUCGUACAAAGUUGUAUGGCAGCACUAACACUUGUCGAAAAGGUUUCGUAAUACAUUCAUGUGAAUUCUUGCGGCAACCAUGAGUGUUCGGACAGGCAUAAAUGCAACAUGUAUGUAUGUAUAUAAAUGCAUCUGAUAGGAAAAACGUUGAUUAAAAGCUUAGACAUGCUGUUUAAAUGUGUGUAUGAUGGAGUACUUUUUGAACUAGUGUCAACUGAAAAUUUGUGGCACUUGAAUUUUUGUAUUUUGUAUAAAAAAAUAAAAGUGAACAGGCUA